ACAAAAUCAUAGCAAGCGCGGCUACGAAUUCGGUUUGCGGGGUUAGUGAGGGUGACAGUUGUGCCUAUAGUCUUCAACGAGUACCGAUAGCAAACGGUUCACGCGCGCGGUACGAUUCUACACCGCCGGAAUACGAACAAAUUGGAACAAAUUUCUUGAGGAAAUAUUUACCUUUCUGCGCCAACAAACGAACAACGGUGGGAAAAGUGAGCGGAAUAUGGCAGUGAUUUCCGCAUCAGUGAGAACUUGAUGCAAUUCGGAAAAGUCGGCUUCGAUUACCGGUUGAUCGUUGACAGAUAGUGAGGUGAAGUGAAAAGCCUGCCAGCCAGGCAAAUUGAUCUGAUUUACGAAUCCGAAUCAAAAGCUGCUGGAAAAUUCUAUAAUUUUGAGAGAUAAAGUGAGAGUGAAAACAGAAUGAAGAGCACCGGGAACAACAUGCACUACUUCACGGAGUCCUCCGACGACGAUGACGAGGAAACAAUGAUGAUCAAAAAGGUCCAGCAGGACAACAAACUAUGGGACUCCUUCCAGGAUCCGCCGGUGCAGCAAAGCUCCGGCUCGACAGCCAACCAGGAGUAUCUGUCGAUGUGCAUCAAAUGCCUGAAGGUGUUCACCUAUGCCUUUGUGUUCCUGGUGACACUGGCCGCGGCAUGCUUCUCCAAGAUGUCCUUCCUGCUGAUGACGUCGAACAUCAAGGAAGGCACAAAAAAUCGAUACUGUGAUGUGCGACAACCCGACAAACAGUUUGAGGCGUACAUCCCAACUGAGCAGCGAAUAGCUUGGAUGUGGGCAAUCAUUUUCUCGUUUGCCAUCCCUGAGCUGGGCACAUUAAUCCGAUCGGCCAGGAUUUGCUUCUUCAAGAACAUUACCCGGCCCACAUGGGGUCAACUGUUGGCAGUGGCUUUGAUGGAGGCCUUCCACGUGAUUGGACUGUCCAUGAUGGCAUUUCUCAUCUUUCCCAAUUUGGAUGCCAUGAAGGCCGUAAUGCUGACCAACUGUGUCUGCUUAGUUCCCGGACUGCUCGCCCUGCUCUCACGAUCCUCGUCCGAGUCGAAGCUACCGUUUAAAUAUGCAAUCGAUGUGUUGGCCAUCAGCGCUCAGGUGACGGGAUUCGUGGUUUGGCCUAUGCUGUACAACACGUUCGAACUGUGGUUCAUUCCGGUUGCGGUGUUUCUCGUGUCGUGUCACUGGUGGGAGAACUACCUCUCGCUGAAGAGUUAUUUCCGACCAUUUGCCGCACUGGCCACCGUCCGGGAGAAACUAACCGAAUCCCGAUAUUACAUGUAUAUGUUCGUGUCACCCUUCAAAGUGGCGCUCUUCCUGGCCGCUGGAGUCUAUCUUUCCGGCCAGUCGGUUUCCAACUUUUUCGGCAUGUUCGCCGACGGCUGGGGCAAUCAUACCAUCGUCGUUCGGGAGAUGGAAGCAAUUCUCAACGAAAAAUUCCCGGAUCUGAGCUCUAUUACCUCCGAUUUGGAGGUACUGGAAAUUUUUCCCACGAAGAACGCCAUCCUUUGGAUUACCGCGAUCCACGUACUUUGCUCCUACAUCUGCUACAUCUUCAGUAAGUUCUCGUGUAAAAUUCACAUCCAAAGCUUCUCCAUGGCCUUCCCCAUCAACCUGACUGUCCCGGUUACGGUAACCCUUCUGCUCGUGUUCUGCGGCCUUCGUGAAGCGGACGUGUGUGCAUUCAACGAUGUCCUACCGGAUUAUCUGUUCUUUCGGAUGCCUCCGAUCUACUAUCUAUUCGAUUACGUGAUCAAUGAGUUCUCCUGGCUGUGGUUACUCUGGCUGCUCUCCCAGACCUGGAUCACACGGCACCUGUGGAUGCCGAAGAGCGAUCGAAACGCCUCGACGGAGAAACUGUUUGUGACACCGAUGUACAUUAGUUUGUUGGUGGAUCAAAGUAUCGCUAUGAAUCGGCGUCGCGAGGAUCAGGAGGAUUUCGUUAAAAAACUUGACAUGGUUAAGGUGAAGGAUACCGAACGAGCUAAUGAGAUUGAUGCAAAAGCAAACGACCGCAGAAAAGAUGAGAUCAAGCCGUACGAUCGAAUCCCGCAAGUCUUCGUCUGUGCCACCAUGUGGCACGAAACAAAAGAGGAGCUGAUGGAGUUCUUAAAAUCAAUCAUUAGACUAGACGAAGAUCAGUGCGCCCGUCGGAUGGCAAUGAAACACAUUCAAGCUUCGAAGGAUUUCAUCGAUCCGGACUACUACGAUUUGGAAACUCACAUCUUCUUCGACGAUGCCUUCAUAAACGACAAAUCCAAGUGUGAAAGCGCCAACGACUCCCCGCUUAACUCGUACGUCAAGAUGCUGAUCAACCACAUCGAGGAAGCUGCCCUGGAAGUGUACAAAACCAAAAUGCGCAUUUAUCCACCAACCAAGAUCGUCACUCCGUACGGCGGUCGACUGAUCUGGACACUUCCGGGUCGAACAAAGGUCAUCACCCAUCUGAAGGAUAAGAACAAGAUCAGACACAAGAAACGCUGGUCCCAGGUCAUGUACAUGUACUAUCUCCUGGGCUAUCGAAUAAUGCAGUUGAACACCUCGCCGGAGAGGAAAAUGGUAAUCGCUCAGAAUACGUAUCUACUAGCUUUGGACGGGGACAUCGACUUCCAGCCGAAAGCCGUUUCCCUUCUAGUCGAUCGUAUGAAAGUAGAUCCGGAUCUGGGAGCUGCCUGCGGUCGAAUCCAUCCCGUCGGUACGGGACCCAUGGUUUGGUAUCAGAUAUUCGAAUACGCUAUCGGUCAUUGGCUACAGAAGGCUACCGAACACGUUAUUGGUUGCGUGCUGUGUUCCCCUGGAUGCUUCUCAUUGUUCCGAGGUCGUGCUCUAAUGGAGAAUUCCGUGAUGAAGAAAUACACUACCAAGUCGGACCAAGCUCGACACUACGUCCAGUACGAUCAGGGUGAGGAUCGUUGGCUGUGUACGUUGCUGUUGAAGCAGAAAUUCCGGGUUGAAUAUUCAGCUGCGUCGGAUGCUUACACCCACGCCCCAGAAGGUUUCAAUGAGUUCUACAACCAACGCCGUCGCUGGGUACCAUCUACCAUUGCCAACAUCUUCGAUCUUCUAGGGGAUUCAAAGCGAGUAGUCAAAACCAACAACAGCAUAUCUACGCCUUACAUCAUCUAUCAGUGCAUGUUGAUGUUCGGAACAAUUCUUGGCCCUGGCACAAUUUUCCUCAUGAUGGUCGGAGCGCUGGUCGCCGUUUUCCGAAUUGAUAUCUGGACUGCGUUCCUGUGGAACGGAGUCCCCCUGGCAGGUUUCAUGGCCAUCUGCUACUGGAUGAAGCAAAAGUACCAACUGAUCGCGGCAUUCUUCAUCUCAGCAAUAUAUUCACUGGUCAUGAUGGCUGUCUUGGUCGGUAUCAUCAUCCAGGUGAUGGAGGACGGAAUCCUCGCUCCCUCGUCGGUUUUCUUCAUAUCCGUAGCCCUACAGAUUGUAGUCACUGGGAUGCUUCAUCCCCAGGAACUGGAAGCUUUGCCUGCCGGACUGGUUUACUACAUCACAAUCCCUUCAAUGUACAUGCUGUUGGUGAUCUAUUCUGUGUUCAACAUGAACGACGUAUCCUGGGGAACUCGAGAGAAUGCAGUGGAUGCGGCAAAGACAGCUCCGCCGCCGCCAACCGCAACUCAGGGUAAGAUGAAUAAGUUGUUGGGCUAUCUGCGUUCCGGUGAUCAGGACGAGGAGGACGGAUCGAUUAACAUUUCCGUCAGCGGUCUGUUCAGCUGCCUGUUCUGUACUCAUUCGAAGUCGAGUGCCGAGAAGGAAAAAUUGCUUCAGGUGGCUACGUCGUUGGCGGAAAUCAAUUCCAAGAUGAAGGAUCUUGAAAUCAAAUUAACCGGCUCCGUCACCGUAAUGAGAUCCGACGACGAGGAUGACGAGAUGGGUUGCCUUGAUAUGCGACAGGAGGGUGGCUCCCCGACAGGCGUGUCCUCCCCGCUACAGACGGUGAAGAAUUCCGAACUGGAAGAGCCGGAAAAACAAAUUAACUAUCUUCCGGAUUGGUUGUACGAUGUGGACCUUCGGAAUGGUGACACGGAAACCAUUUCCGCGUCCGAGGAACAGUUUUGGAUCGAACUGAUCGAAAAGUAUCUGAAACCGUUGGAUUUGACCGAACGACAGAAGGCGGAAAUGGGUUCCCAGCUGAAGAAUCUUCGGGAUUUGGCCGUGUUUGCCUUCGUGAUGGCCAAUGCUUUGUUUGUGUUAGUAGUGUUUCUGCUGCAGUUGAAUAAAAAGGAUCUGCACAUUCAGUGGUGGUUCAACGCGAAAAACAUGAUUAGUUUCGACGAGAGUACGGUGGAAAUCAUUGUCCGGCGGGAGUAUCUGGAACUGGAACCGAUCGGGUUGGUGUUUGUGUUCUUCUUCGGUAUGAUUUUAAUUAUUCAGUUCAUUGCGAUGCUGAUCCAUCGGUUCGGGACGAUUUCGCAGAUUCUUGCGUCGACGCAGUUGAACUGGUAUUGUUCGAAGAAAGCGAAGGACAUGUCGUUGGAUGCCGAGCUGCGCGAGAAUGCUGUGGAGAUAGCCCGCAGGUUGCAACGGCCUAAGCCGCAGUGGGACGACGAAGAUUUGGAGGACGAUCAGAAGGCUAUCGGAAGAAGAGACACAAUUCAUAGGAUUCUGUAUCAGCACAAGAACAAACAGGACUGGAGCAAUCUGGAGGCGAAUUUCAAACGGAAUUACUACAAGGAUGGAGAUCUUAAUCUAGGUGGCAGGUUGACGCUCAGCCGAAAGACGUUGAAUGUGCUGGAUACUAGAAGAAAAUCGAUGGCAGAACAGAGAAAGAUCAGAAAGUCGAUUCUGAGGGAGCAAAACCCGUACGACACGGCGGGAGAUUUGUGGUACCAGGGAAGUCCGGAAGAUGAAAUCAAUCAGAGGAAGACUUCAUCGCCUCCCGGGUAUAGUGGUCCAAGCCGGGGUAGAAGCUCCGAUGGUGGUGGUUACAACCGACCGCCGAAUCAUGAUGCUAAAGAUGGCGGACGAAUGAACUAUGCUUAUCAAAUUGACGAAGAGUUGGAAGAUUAUUCCGAAGAGGAAGAGGAUGGAUUGGAGUUUGAAAGGCCUACGCUGCAAAUGGAAAUGUCCGAGAGGCCAAACGGGAAGGAAAAACGCAAAAGUCGGGUUGCUUUUGCUUAAUUGAUGGCGAUUUCAUCGCUUCGUAAAUGUGGGUUGAGUGACGCCACGCCCAGAAACUAAAACUGAGUAAUGAAUAAAGUAAAGC